AUGACUUCCCCAUCAACACUCCCCCGGAAACUAUGGGAGCAUCCGAAUCCGCAGUCCACGCAGAUGUGGGCAUUCAAGAAAUCCCUGGAAGAGCAGAAGGGCCUAGGUUUCUCAACCUAUGAUGAUCUCUACAGGUGGUCCGUCCGCAAUCGAGCGGCCUUCUGGGACUUUGCCUGGAACUACUUCAACAUAAUCCACGAGGGCACAUAUACCUGCGUCGUAGACGAGUCAGCCCGAAUUGACAGUAUUCCCGACUGGUUCAAUGGCAUCCGUACCAAUUUCGCCGAAAACAUGUUGUUCACCGGGGAGAAAUCAGCCAACGGCCACUCGACGAUCACUACGCUCAACAAGGAAGACGGGAAGAUUGCCCUAACGCAGAUUCGCGAGGGAGGGUCGGAGCCAUCCGUCAAUUUCACCUGGGGUGAACUUCGGGCGAAAACAGGAAAACUGAUUCAGGCGCUGAAGGCAGCCGGGGUCGCUAAGGGUGAUCGAGUAGCCGUGGUAGCCAGCAACAGCAUCGACACGCUCGUCGUUUUCCUGGCGACCACGGCACUCGGUGCGCUCUUCUCAUCUGCAUCGACGGAUACGGGCAUCAAAGGGAUCCUCGACCGCUUGCUCCAGUUGAAGCCGAAAAGGGUCUUCGUGGACGAUGCCGCCGUCUAUAACGGGAAACGGAUCGACCUCCGCUCCAAGAUCAAGGAUAUCGUCGACGGUCUUCGAGACGUCCAGGAGUUCGAAGGCGUCAUCUCUAUCCCUCGCUUCACAGAGCAGCCAGCAGACGUGAGCGGAUUGCUCAAGACCCAGCCCCUGUCUCAAUUCCUGGCCAGGGCAGCCUCCGAUAAACUGGAGUUUGUGCGCAUCGGAUUCCGCGAGCCCUUCCUGGUCGUCUACUCGUCCGGGACAACAGGAAAACCCAAACCCAUUGUGCACGGCGUCGGCGGAUAUCUUCUCAACGCGAGCAAAGAAGCGCGACUGAACCGGAACCACGGGCCUAAUUCCACCGUCCUCCAAUACACCACCACCGGCUGGAUCAUGUACCUCUCUGCCAUCGCGGGCUUGACAUACGGCGGCAAGUCAAUCCUAUAUGAUGGCAGCCCGUUCCUCCCCGACGUCAAGUUCCUCAUCCAGCUCCUGGGCGAGCACAAAGUGACCCAUUUCGGCACUUCCCCACGAUACCUCCACGAGCUACGCAAGAAUAAAAUCAGACCGCGGGAAAUCGCCGACCUAAGCCACUUGUCAAUCGUGACCAGCACCGGCAUGGUGCUAUCCGAGUCCCUGUUCGAAUGGUUCUACGACGACGGAUUCCCCACGCACGCGCAGCUGGCCAAUAUCUCCGGCGGCACGGACCUGGCCGCAUGUUUCGGGCUCGAGAACCCACUGACACCACUGUAUGUCGGCGGCUGUCAAGGUCCCAGCUUAGGCAUUCCCAUCGCAGUCUUCGAUCAAGCCGAGGAGGGUGCCUCGGGUGUCAAAGGCACUGAAGUCCCGGACGGGACACCGGGGGAGAUCGUAGCCACCGCGGCAUUUCCUACCAUGCCGGUGAAGUUCCUCGGUGACGAUGGGGCCCAGAAAUAUUUCGAUUCAUACUUUGCGCGAUUUGACAACGUCUGGACCCACGGCGACUUCAUCAGCAUCCACCCCAUCACGAAGCAGAUCUUCUUCCUCGGCCGCUCCGACGGCGUCCUAAACCCAUCCGGAAUCCGGUUCGGAUCCAGCGAGAUCUACAACGUGAUCGACACGCAGUUCUCAACCGAAGUCGCGGAUUCGAUCUGCGUCGGACAACGCCGACCCCAAGACAGCGACGAGUCCGUGAUGCUGUUUUUGCUCAUGAGACCGGGUUUCCAGUGCACGGGGGAGUUGGUGGGACGGGUCAAAGAAGCGAUUCGGAAGGCGUUGAGCGCAAGACAUGUGCCGAAGUUUGUGUUUGAGACGCCUGAGAUUCCGACGACGGUGAACCUGAAAAAGGUCGAGUUACCGGUGAAGCAAAUUGUGUCUGGGAGGAAGAUCAAGGCGUCAGGAACGCUGCUGAACCCCCAGAGCUUAGACUUCUAUUACAAAUUCGUAGAGGUGGAAAGAUUAACGGAACCGAAGAGCAAACUAUAA